AUUUGAACCGCGAUUCCGAGCGGUUGGGCGUUUCUCUGCUAGAACAUCGUUCUCUCACCAGUGACUGUGUAUGUGCGUGCGGUGCGGUGCGGGCAUAUAUAAGUGUGCGGUGUGGCAACAAAAAUUUGUUAACGCACACACUCACUAACAAACACCAACUUCAGGUCCAGCUAACGGAGUGUAAUAAAAAUAAAAUCGCAAAGUGCCAUCGCAAAACAAACAUAAACUCCAAAAACGUGCUAAAAAUUUAAAAAAAUUAAAGAGUUUUCGGCGAAAGUUGACGAGUGUGUCCGAAGCGUUUUGAGUGUAUCUGAGUCUCUUAAUGUGCCACCCGCAAGAUGACAUCGCAUUCCUACUAUAAAGACCGUCUGGGCUUCGAUCCCAAUGAGCAGCAGCCCGGGAGCAGCAGCUCGAUGAGACGGAGCAGCUCUCGUCAGACGACGCACCACCAUCAGAGCUACCACCAUGCCACCACCAGUAGCGGUCAGUCGCCGGCAAGAGUCUCCGUUUCUCCGGGUGGGGGAGGUGUGGGACUGUCUGGUAAAAAUGGAUCUCUGGAGUACCAGCAGGUCCAGCGGGAGCAGCGAGAUCGGGAACUGUACAGCAACAGCAACAGUCAUCACCUCCAUCAGCAGCUCCACCAUCGUCACUCGGCGGGCAGUGGAUCAUCGGCGCCUUAUGAUACCAGCGGUCCCGCUGCCCCCAAAAAAGCUAAGCAAUCAUCGACACAGGCACAGCCUCAGGGCGGCUACGAGGAUGCCCUCACCCAGUUCAAAGGUAGCAUGUCCAUUUGGGAUCAUUUUAUAGAAGAUUGGGACAUAAUGCACGAACGCGAUGCCAUUCAGAAGAAGACUUUCACAAAAUGGGUUAACAAGCAUCUAAAAAAGCAUUGGAAGUAUGCUAAGACCUAUACCAUGCUACAUGUUUGUGUAACCACAAAUGGCAUACCCUGUUGUUCUCAGUCUGCCAAUCGUCGUGUGGUGGACUUGUUUGAAGAUCUGCGCGAUGGUCACAAUUUACUUUCACUCCUGGAGGUGCUAUCUGGCGAACACCUGCCACGCGAGAAGGGUAAAAUGCGUUUUCAUAUGCUGCAGAAUGCACAAAUGGCUCUGGACUUUCUGCGCUACAAGAAGAUCAAAUUGGUCAACAUACGCGCCGAAGAUAUCGUGGAUGGCAAUCCCAAGCUGACCCUGGGCCUGAUCUGGACCAUUAUAUUGCACUUCCAGAUCUCCGAUAUUGUUGUGGGCAAGGAAGACAACGUAUCCGCUCGGGAGGCCCUGCUGCGAUGGGCGCGUCGCUCGACAGCACGUUAUCCGGGCGUGCGUGUUAACGAUUUCACGUCGUCGUGGCGAGAUGGAUUGGCCUUUUCGGCGUUGGUGCACCGCAACCGACCGGACUUGCUUGACUGGCGAAAGGCAAGGAACGAUCGGCCGCGUGAGCGCCUUGAGACGGCCUUCCACAUUGUGGAGAAGGAGUACGGAGUGACGCGACUGCUGGAUCCCGAGGAUGUGGACACCAACGAGCCGGAUGAGAAGUCCCUUAUCACGUACAUCUCAUCGCUGUACGAUGUUUUCCCGGAGCCACCCUCCAUCCAUCCACUGUUCGACAUGGAGUCACAACGUCGCGUCCAUGAAUACCGCGACCUGGCCCAGCAGUUUAUCUACUGGUGCCGCGAGAAGACUGCCUAUCUGCAGGAGCGCUCCUUCCCGCCCACCCUCAUCGAGAUGAAGCGUCUAUUGAGUGAUCUGCAGCGUUUCCGCAGCGAGGAGGUCAGUGCCCGCAAGCGCGAGAAAUCCAAACUUAUCCAGAUCUACAAGGAGCUUGAGCGCUACUUCGAAACGGUGGGUGAAGUGGAUGUGGAGGCCGAACUGCGGCCAGAUGCUAUCGAGAAGGCCUGGUAUCGCAUGAACACGGCGCUGCAGGAUCGAGAGGUCAUACUGCAGCAGGAGAUUGAACGGCUCGAACGGCUGCAGCGACUGGCCGAUAAGGUGCAGCGCGAGAUUAAGCAUGUGGAUCAGAAGCUGACCGAUCUGGAAACGCGCAUAGGCGAGGAGGGUCGGCGUAUCGAGCGACUACAUCCUGUGGACGCCAAGAGCAUUGUGGAGGCUCUCGAAACCGAGAUCCGGCACCUAGAAGAGCCCAUUCAAGACAUGAACCAGGACUGCCAUGUGCUCAACGAGGGACGCUAUCCUCAUGUCAGCGAGCUGCACAAGAAGGUCAACAAGCUGCACCAGCGCUGGGCUCAACUGCGCACCAAUUUCCACACAAACCUGGUACAGAAGCUGUCCGGUUUAAAAUAUCCCGUCCAUGAGACCACUGUGACACGUCAAACGCGCAUGGUGGUGGAGUCCCGACAGAUCGACACGAAUCCCCAUUUCCGUGAUCUGCAGGAGCACAUCGAAUGGUGCCAGAACAAGUUGAAACAAUUGCUUGCCGCUGACUAUGGCAGUGAUCUGCCAUCGGUCAAGGAAGAACUGGAUCGCCAACAGCACGAGCACAAAAUCAUCGACCAGUUCCACACGAAAAUACUCAAUGAUGAACGCCAGCAGACCAAGUUCUCCGGCGACGAGCUGGCCCUCUACCAGCAGCGUCUCAACCAACUGCAAAAGGUUUACGCCGAGCUGCUUAGCACCUCGACGAAGCGUCUGUCUGAUCUGGACUCACUGCAGCACUUCCUGGGACAGGCGUCAUCGGAACUUCAGUGGCUUAAUGAAAAGGAACAGGUGGAAAUCACACGUGACUGGGCGGACAAACAACUCGAUCUUCCCUCCGUGCACAGAUACUACGAGAACCUUAUGUCCGAACUGGAGAAGCGUGAGAUGCACUUUGCCACCAUCCUGGAUCGCGGUGAGGCCUUGUUGAACCAACAGCAUCCGGCCUCCAAGUGCAUCGAAGCCCAUCUGACCGCCCUGCAACAGCAGUGGGCCUGGCUGCUGCAGCUGACUCUCUGCUUGGAGGUACACCUGAAGCACGCCACCGAGUAUCAUCAGUUCUUUGGCGAGAUCAAGGAUGCCGAGCAGUGGUUGGCCAAGCGCGACGAAAUACUCAACAGCAAGUUCUCGCAAUCAGACUUUGGCUUGGAUCAGGGUGAAUCUCUUUUGAGGGGAAUGCAGGAUCUGCGGGAGGAGCUAAAUGCCUUUGGUGAAACAGUGGCCACUCUGCAGCGGAGGGCGCAGACGGUGGUACCCCUAAACAAGCGCCGCCAACCAGUGAAUCGUCAGGGACCCGUUCAGGCCAUCUGUGCCUACAAACAGCAGGGUCAGCUACAGAUCGAGAAGGGUGAGACUGUAACUCUGCUGGACAAUUCGGGACGUGUGAAAUGGCGCGUGCGCACGGCCAAGGGACAGGAGGGGCCGAUACCAGGUGCCUGCCUGCUGCUGCCUCCUCCCGACCAGGAGGCCAUCGAUGCCGCCGAGCGACUGAAGCGACUGUUCGAUCGAUCUGUGGCUCUCUGGCAGAAAAAGCAUCUGCGGCUGCGACAGAACAUGAUAUUCGCCACCAUUCGCGUGGUUAAGGGCUGGGACUUCGACCAGUUCUUGGCCAUGGGACCUGAGCAGCGCACGGCCAUCCGACGUGCCCUUAACGACGAUGCCGAUAAAUUGCUGAGCGAGGGCGAUCCCAACGAUCCGCAGCUGCGACGCCUGCGCCGCGAAAUGGACGAGGUCAAUCGUUUGUUCGAUGAGUUCGAAAAGCGUGCGCGCGCUGAAGAGGAAAGCAAGCAGGCCAGUCGCAUCUUCACCGAGGAAUGCAUUGCCAUUAAGAGCAAACUGGAAGACAUGGCCCGUGAGCUGGAUCAGAUUAUACUGGCUCCGCUUCCACGGGAUCUGGACUCUCUGGAGCAUGUGCUCGAGAUUCAUUCGGACUACGAGCGCAGGUUACACCUAUUGGAGCCGGAGCUAAAGCAUUUGCAGGAGACCUUCCGCACAAUUGCCCUGAAGACACCCGUGCUUAAAAAGAGCCUGGACAACUUGAUGGAGCUGUGGAAGGAACUUAACACCCAGAGCGGCCUGCACAAGGACCGCCUAAAGCUGCUCGAAGCCUCACUGGCUGGCCUGGAGGACAAUGAACAUGUGAUUUCCGAGCUAGAGAACGAGCUGGCCAGGCACCAGGAUCUACCUUCGACUGCUGAGGGUCUGCAGCAAGUGUUCAAGAAACUGAACCACAUGCAGGACAUCAUUACACAGCAGCAGCCGCAGAUGGACAAGAUGAAUGAUGCGGCCGAUCAGCUGGGACGCAUGGGAGUCCCCACCAAGGUGCUGGGAGACCUCAAGCGUCUGCACUCCAACGUGGAGCGCCUUAACACGCGCUGGAGUGCUGUGUGCAACCAAUUGGGUGAAAGAAUGCGAUCAUGCGAAACGGCUAUUGGACUGAUAAAGAAUCUCCAGUCAAGCGUGCAAGUGGAGGAAUCAUGGGUGGAUGGCACGACGGAACGACUUUCCGCCAUGCCCACCGCCACUUCGGCGUACGAGCUAGACAAACUGCUCGGAGCUGCAAUCGAACGAAAACCAAAAAUCGAAAAUGUCAACGUAACUGGAGGACGACUAAUACGCGAAGCCAAGAUCUACGACAGUAAAUGCCUACGCUUCGUGGAUUGGCUACUCGAGGCCCGUCCGUCGUUUUCGCCGCCUCGCCGGGAUCUCCGGCCGGCGGACUGCGAUCCGGGAACGACACAGUUCUACAGCCAACGAUUGGACAACCUGAAUACGAAAUACGAAAGAUUGCUGGAACAAUUGUCACAGAGGCUUAAAACUGCAAUCGAAGUUAAUGGCAGCGAUGGUCUGCAAUACGCUGAGAGUCUACAGAAACCGCUCAAAACCUUUAGGGUUGACUUCAGUGCGGGCAGCGUGCCAACUGGCGAUGGCCACGCUACGCGCCAGGAGGAUCUCUACACCACUACCUACAGCACCACACAAUUUAGCUCAACGAAGACAACGAAAAGCUCUACAAAGAGCGUCUACAAUAGCGAUGGCUUGGAUGCCGCUAGUCAGGAGGCUAGCACCAUUAACCUGCCCCUGUCGCAAAUCCAGUUCAACGAAAUCCGGACGCACAAGCGCUCCCAACAGCUAGGCGGCCAAUCUGUGCUGGAUAUAGCUGGAAUUCGCGAUCCGCGUACCGGUCGCGUUUUGACCAUCGGCGAGGCCAUUCAGCUGCGCAUCCUGGACGUGCGUACUGGCGAGAUGUUAGUGGGUGACCGCCGCGUCACACUGGAGCAGGCAGCCGACCAAGGUCUGAUCGAUGCACAGCUGGCCAGGCAACUGCUUCAUCCCGGGGCGGGGCGCGAUGCCAGCGGACGUGAGCUGUCGCUGCUGGAGGUUAUUCAGCGCGAGAUUAGCGAAGCGGAAUCCGGCUACGAGACGGCCGAAAAGCGGAUCAAGGUAAACAACACGGUCACCGUUGAGCAAAUGUCUGGAGACCUCAGUUCUCCCGAGAAUCCGCGCAACAUUGCCGACGCCAUUACCGCGGGGAGUGUGGACACCAAGACCGGCCUAUAUCGAGUCAAAUCAGGACAGACGAUUAGCCUGGCGGAGGCCUACGAGCGGGGCUACCUUAUCCGGCACGAGUCGGUAACAAUCAAAUCGAAUGCGCUGUGCCUGAGCGAUGCGAUUUCGCAUGGCCUAGUCGAUGCCGCCGGCUGGAUAGCGGAUCGUAACUCCGGCGACAAGUUCCGGCUGGACUCGGCCAUUGCCAACCAGCUAAUUGACGCGAGUGUGCGUGAAGUGGUGGACGCGAAACGCGAUACGAAGAUAACACUGCAGGAGGCACUGCACACGGGCGUCCUAAAUGCUAAAACGGGUCGGUACCUGAACGAAGUGACCAAGGAAAAGCUCACUUUCGCGGAGGCGCGCAACCGUCAGUUAAUCGUUAAACCGUACACGCUGAAAGAUAUCUGCGAUCUGAACCUGCUUGACAAGCAGGCCCAGAUCACGAGUCCAAUGCGCCGCGAGAAACUUACCAUCAUGCAAGCCAUGGCGGCCGGUGUGUUAGACGGGAAUCUGCUCAAGUGCAUCACCAAGCGAAAGGGGGAAUUGGUCACCCUUCAGGAGGCCAUUGCCGACGGAAUCGUACUACCAGCGGAGUGCAAGUACCGCGACUUUAUGACGGGCGAACUAAUUAGCAUUCCGGAGGCGGUGGAGCGCGGUCUGGUCAGCUCGGUGACGCAGCGUUCGAUCUUCGAUAUUGACGGGUUUAAGGAUCUGAGGAGCAAUGACUAUGUUAGCUUUAAUGUGGCCCUCUCACGCGACCUUUUGCGGCGCAAGAGCACGGGCUUUGCCUUAGAGACGGGUAGGGAUAGUUUGGUGCCACUGGAGGUGGCCGUAAGCGAGGGAUUGGUGCGCCAAGAGGUGUACGAGAUGUUUAGCCGUGGCAUUGGGGUUUACAAUGCCAGUGGUAAGGAACUUAGUGUCUUUGAUUUGGUUUAUCACAAUCUGAUUGACCCUAAGACGGGAUAUCUGUUGGAUCCCAAGACUGCAGAAACAGUGCCCCUGGAUACCGCCAUCGAGCGAAAGUUUAUCACUCCGGAGGGAGCUCUUCUUCUCAGUAGUUUGCUUAACAUUACUUUGACCACGGAAACGGUGACGAGAACGAUCAAUCGGUAUGUGACAAUCAGGGCUGGUUCCCAGGAGCCGGACAACAGUGUGCUGUUAACCUUUACGGAGGCAGUGCGACAAGGUUUCAUCGACGAGGAAAGGCAGCUUUUCAAGGAUCCAAAAACAGGCAAUAUUUAUUCUGUGCAACAGGCCCUAAAUUACGGUUUGUUAGUUCCCGACAGUAACCAAACGGUGCCGGAGCCAACAAAUAAGAAGAAGACAAAAUCCACGAUCACCAUUGUGACCAAGCAGAUCAUUCCAGAAGCAAAGCCCAUUCAACUAAGCACUCAGCACACUAAGUUUGUGGAAAAGUCGGUAGAGAUUCCCAUUUCCCAAGAACUAGUGAAGCCCCAACGUGUGGUUUCCGAAUUUAUAAACAAGGAAAAAAGCAGCUAUAUUGAUCAGAAUGUGACGGAGCGUCAAAUUAUGGAGCUGCCUCCAGGAGGUUGGCGGCUAAAGGAUGCCAUCGAGCAGCGAAUUUUUAACCCGGAUACAGGAGUGUUUCAUGUGCAGAGCUCGGAUCGGCUGGUUAACUUUGAGGAAUGCAUUAACAAACAGAUCAUCAACAACCUUUCGGUUUCAGUAAUUGAUCCCAGCACCGGUGACAAGAUAUCAGUGCAGUCAGCCUUCGAACGCGAUAUUCUAGACAGUUAUGGCAAUUAUACCAAUAACCGAAAACAAGUGCAGGGCAUGCGCAACGCCAUUGACGAAAGCAAGAUCAUCCUGGAGAUGGUGCCAGCUACUAGAGGUUCCAAUCAAAAGACAAUUCUUCGCAUAACUAGGGUAAACAACAUUCCGGAUGUGUUAGAGGUGUCUGCACCCCAAAAGGAUGCUCCACCCAAGUUUGUAGAGGUACUCACCUGUCAGCGAGAGCUCGCCUCUCCAGAGCCACUGCAAAUUGCUCCUGGCGCCAUUUAUGAUCCGUCCACAGCCCUGGUUAUCUUCACACAAACCGGGGAGACUGAGAACAUCUUUGACGCUGCUUGCCAGGGUCUGAUAGACGAACAGGUUAUUAAGAUUGUGGAUCCCACAACCAAGCAAGCCAUUUCCGUAAGUGAGGCUAUAGCGCGUUCUAUUUAUGAUCCAAAAGUCGCCACAAUACUCGAUUCCGAUGGUCAGCCUGUGGAUCUGAUCACAGCCACAAAACUGGGUCUACUGAGUGUGACGGGUGCCCCAUUAGUUGCCGCCGAAGGAGCCCUGAGAACAGUGCGCUUCGUGACCGAUCCACGGACCGGUGAACAAAUCCCAGUGGAACUGGCCUACGAGCGAGGAAUUGUUUCACGGGAUCAGCUGCAGCGCGGACGCUCCUUUGACAGUGAACCAACUACGGUCGAGGAGAAGGUGGUGGUGCUACAGAGGAUGCGCAAAAUCAUUCUUAAGCCGAAGGAUGCCUACCGCAAGGGAAUUAUCGACGAAGGCACCUGUGAGAUUCUCGAGAACACGAGAAAUUUUACAAAUCCUAACGGUGAGGUGGUCAACAUAAGCGAGGCCCUGAAUAUAGGUCUAAUUGAUGGACGUAGUGGUCAUAUCAUCGAUCCCCAAAGCAAUCGAGUGCUCAAUUUCAGGCAAGCAGUGGAACAGAAGAUUCUCGAUCCCGAACAGACCAAUCAUAUUCUCAUGCCGCUGGCCAAGAGCUUAUCUCUGUUACGCCUGGCAGCUCAAGGAUUAAUAGACCCGCAAGCCCAGACUAUUGUACAUCCAGAAAGCGGUUAUCCCCUGAGCAUACAUGAGGCGAUCGUGUGCGAGGUCUUAGAUCCGCAUUCAAAGUUGCAUAAGCCAGAAAAGUGCACGCUGGAGGAGGCAAUCACAAAGGGUAUCGUCAACGCUGAUGAUUCCACCUUUAGCUACAAGAAGAAAGUCUUAAACAUCACUGAAGCCAUAGAGGCAAAGCUAUUUGAUCCAAGUUACGAUCAGCAAAAGUACAAGGUGGAAAUUCCGCCGGUAGGCAUGAUAUUCCCUGUGGCCGUAGAGAAGAGCCUUGUGGAGCCGUCUAAGCGGGUAGUCCUGCAUCCCAGUACGAAGAAAGCUCUGCCCAUAAAGCAAGCUAUUGAUGAGAACUUUAUCAUGUCCAUUCCCUACUCUCCGAAGCCAGAUGCUAUCGACGUGGUGACUGCCAUGGAGCAAGACCUCAUCGAUGUGGCUGCCCAAACUCUAACGGUCCCAACCACUGGGGAACGUGUGCCCCUGCGGCAAGCCAUGGAGACGGGUGUUUUGGUGGUGAAGAAUCUUUCCGAAUUUGUUGUCACCCAGAGACCCAUCCCCAAGACUGAGAUAAUGGAGACACUGCGAGCCGUGCACACAGUGACCACCAAAACUAUUGAACUUAUGCAGGGCUAUGUUCUAAUCUCAAAUAAUGAGGUUCAGAACGUUAACACUGGCGAAGUAUGCAGCUUGGAUGAGGCUAAGGAGCUCGGAAUUCUGCGAGAAGAAUCCACAACUCAAGAGACCAAGGCGGCGGCUGGAGAAAGUCCAGAAUCGGUUUCCACUCUGGCUACCGGCGGUGAUCAAACUACGGUAGUGGAGGAGCGUAUCCAGACUGUGGUGGUUAGUUCGGACACCCGCAAGCAAGAAAUGCAAGUUGUCAGCACCAAGCAAUCUACGAAGGAAAUUCCAAGUGCAACUUUAAGUGAAACCGAAAAAAAGGGCAGUAAGGAUCCAUCAACGGCGUUGCAGAAUGUUAAAGAUGCCGCCAAAUUGGGGGCAUUAGGAGUUAUUGCAGCUCCUGUUCUGGCUGGUGGAGCUAUUGUGAGUGGCGUUAAGAGUCUCAUGAAGUCUGUGAAGAGUCCCACGGAAGAUGAGAAAGUCACUGAAAAACUACAGCAACCUCAGAAAUGCUUAAUUGACCAGGAGUGCCGAAAUGUGCCACAACCGCAACACGUGCCAAGAGAUGUUGAUAAUCUGCUCAGCGAAACUGAAAACUUUAUCAGCUCCACAACUGCAAACUUUAUAGCCAACGAAAAACAGCAGCAGAAGCCGGAGCAGCUGCACUCAGCAACAGCAGAAGCAGUGCAUUCUUCGGCUGUUGAAUCAACACACACCUUGAAAACCACAACAGUUACAACUAUAACUACCUCACGAGAAUCUGUUAAUCUAGACCCAGUUGUGGUGGAGGACAUCACGACCAGCACUACUGUUAAGGAAAGUCCAGUUUUUGAGCAUGUCCUUGAGAAGCCUAUGGAAGUGCCAGAAGAUAAAACGAAAGUUUUUAAAGAAACUGAUACUAAUAGCACAGUACCAACUAUGGAGAUUGAUUCUACACCGGAAGAGAAGGAACCGGUUACAAAACACUCCAGUCCCAAGCCAGAUGAAAAUGAGUCUUUCUCACAGCCUGGCAAUAAUGAGCCACCCCAAAAACCAGCUCAAAAUAAAGAUAGUUCCGAGCCAGUUAAAAAGAACUCCACUGCUGAGGCGGCUAAGGAGGCGAAAACUUGCGAAGCAUCACAGAGCGCACAAACAACUCAAAAGGAUCCAACCGCACUUAAGGAAUCACAUGCUGUACCCACUACCAAGCCCGAACCCUACCCAAGAGGCCCAAAAGGGGAAAAAGAGUCUGAAAUCAAACCUCCCUUCACAGCACCCCUAGCUGCUUUUGUGGAGCCAGUAUCCGAAAUCACGAGCACAAGUAUUUCAACCAAUACAACUACUGUAAAAAUAAUCGAAGAACCACCAUCGAUCGAGGAAUUUAUCAACAAGUCUGAGCCUGAGAAGAUUGUGGAUCUGCAAGUUAAUGAACCUACCGCUCAAGAGAUCAAAGUUAAUGAACCAAAUGAGAAUACGGAUAAUUCUUCAAAGCCUGAACAAGCCAGUAAAAUAACUCUAAAAGAAAGGGUUAUCACUAUCGAAGAGCCAUCUACUGUAACGACAACUACUAUCACCACAAUAACAACAAGCAGUGAGAAAAACCAGCCCAAAGCGAUUCUAGUCACUGAAAAGGAAACGCAAGCGGAGGAGCCAUUGCAACCCUUCCCAGUAAAAGCUAAUGAGUCAUUACAAACAACCAACGCUGAGAAAAGCAAGCCUCAAGAGAUUGAGGACGCUGAGAAGAAAACUCCUGUGGAAAGGCAAGUGCAUCCUCUCCCACCCCAACCUUUUGAAACAACUCAAACAAUUAAACCAGCGACUACAAUCAGUGAAAACAAACCGCAGCGUCCGGAUGAUCUUGAGAAAAUUGUUCAUCCUCAACCUACUUCGGACUCACAUCAAUCACUUGUUGAUUUUAUUAACCGGGAGAAGGAUUCUUUGCCACCGGCUGGAAGUGGUAGCACCAUCUUGCAGAAUGUUAAGGAGGCCGCUAAAUUGGGCGCUCUAGCCAUUGUCGGAGCACCCGUCCUCGCUGGCAAGGCUUUGGUUGAUGCUCUGACCGCAGAGAAUACCCCAAACCCAGAACAAUUCACAACUCAAGAGGCGACCAAGACAGUGGAAGAAUUUCCGUCGGAGGAUACCUGUACUAGCAUCACCACAUUAAUCACCACAGUUACCACUAAUACAAAAACCACAACUACACCAAAGGAAAGCAGUACCGAAGAUGAGGACCGCGACGUGAUGGAAAUGCCUGCUGACUCGGUGGAAACAACUAAUAAACGAGAAGUGCCCAGGACACUGCCCAUUGGCGAUGCCAUUUCUCAGAAACUUAUAAGUCCCGAUGAGUGCAAGGUUAUAGUUGAUGGAGAACAACAGUCCCUUACUGUUUCCACUUUGCUUAAAGAGGAGCAGCUGAGUCCAUUGGACGAAGUGCAAAUUAUUGACGAAAAGCUAAUUGUACUUAAACAGGUUCCCUACUUGGUGGACGAAGACACUGAACUUACGCCCGAGAAUCUGAGUGAGCUUAACAUAUACGAUCCCGAGAAUCAGUACUUUAUUGAUCCAAGCACUGGUCAAAAGGUGUCCUUCCAUACGCUUGUAUUUGACAUGAACAUAUUUAACCCGGAGACCAUCUUGGUGAAAAACUUUAAUACCGGCAAAUACGAAACUCUUACAACAGCUCUGGAGCGCCCACUGCUGGAUAGGCACACAGGUCACAUGGUCGAUCCCAAAAAUGGAAAAAAAAUUCCAUUUUUUGAGUGCAUUGCCCGCCAAUGGAUUAUUCGCGCCAGUCCCGAAGAGCAGCGACCAUCGGCCAUUGAGAACGUGACAAUAGACACACAGACCGGACAAGUGGUGCUUGACGAUGGUCGGGCUUGCUCCAUUGUUGAUGCCAUCAACAGUGGCAAGCUGGACAUCCAGUCGAUUUCGGUGCGCGACCCUGUUAGCGGUGAGGUAAUUCCACUGCGUAUGGCAAUUGAGUUGGGAGUGGUAGAUAUGCAGGCGGGCACGGUAAUAGACAUCCAGACGCUCAAGGAGAUUCCAAUGGAGCUAGCUUUCCAGCUGGGUUUCCUAGUGCCCGGUGCACGCAAACCAAUCUCUUUGGAAGCCGCCGUUCGCAAGGGUCUUUACGAUCCUGAGACGGGCAAACUUUUCGACUCCGAGAGUCAAAACCAGGUCGAUGUGCAAAAGUCUAUUGAGAUUGGUUUAGUAGACCCCAAGAUUUCCUUAAUUGUAGAUAUGGUUACCAAAAAGGAAGUCAAACUGGAUAGCGCCAUCGAAGAUGAUUUGGUGUUGCCCGCCACAGGUCAAAUCAAGGACAACAAAAACAACACUCUGGUUCCCUUCGACGUGGGUCUGGAGCAACGUCUGUUAAAGACCGACACCGUCACCUGGAGCCUGCCGGAGUUGCUGCAGCGUGAAUACUACAUGCCCAGUACAGGCAGGGUGCUCAACCCCGUCUCUGGUGAGGAGAUUCUUCUUCAGCAGGCCAUCGAAAUGGGAUUUGUAGAGCUUGAGACGACCCUGGUCAAGGACGCCGACCAUAACAAAAUUUUGCCGGGCAAAGAGGCGGCCAAGGUGGGUCUGCUGGAUACGGUACGUGGCACCCUAAGUUCCCCCAACCUUAGUCUUGACGAGGCCUUCGUCAAGGGCUAUUUGAUUAGCACCAAAAAGCCGUUGUCCCUAGUCGAUUGUCUGCUGCGUGGUCUCUACGAUCCUUUGACAGCCAAGUUCACCAUCGACGAAAAGCAGCUGGACCUUAAGUCUGCCAUUUCCCAAAAGCUCAUUAACCCCGAGGAGCUGGUGUUGCUCGAUCCGAAGACAGAAUCAAUCAUUUCCAUUACCGAAGCAAUAGCCAAGGGCUAUCUCGAUCCGAUUGCCGGAUAUGUCAUUAACCCUUAUGCUUCCACUAAGUUGUCCCUCCACGAAGCUCUGGAGAAUCGCAUUCUCAUUCCGCCCAAGCGCAAGCGUAGCCUGCCGGAUGCGGUCUACCGGGGUCUUUACGAUCCUAAAACGGGUCAGUUCAGCAACACAAUGACCCGCGAGAAGCUUACAACUGAACGUGCCAUUCGUAGGGGCAUACUCGAUCCCGAUUCGACGGUCGUCAAUGUGGGUCCCGGCCAAAUCAUUCCAUUCGGGGUGGCCACAGAGACUGGAAUCGUAGAUAGUAGGCAGGGUACAGUGAGAGACGCCGACGACAAUUCCAUUGACUUCAAAGAUGCUUUCGAUCGGGGUGUUUUGAUUGAAGUCAAAAAGCCGCUGCGCCUUAUUGAGGCUGUGGUGAAAAAUGUAUACGACGAGGUGGAUGGACGCUUUGUCGAUCCCAAGUCUGGCGAGAAACUAAACUUCAGUGAGGCCUUGAACACAAAUUUACUGGACGAGCACAGUGUGCAGAUCAGGGACUUAAAAACAGGUCUAUACAAGCAGCUAAAUUUAACGCACGCCAAGGAUUCUGGCAUCAUUGAUGCCCAGACCUCCAAGCUAAUGUAUAACAAUCAAACAAUGACUCUCAAGCAUGCCUUUGAUAUUGGAAUACUAAUGGAUGUCAAUGGACCUAUCAGCAUUCAACGAGCAAUUCAUCAAGGACUGUUUGACGACAAGACCGGUAAGCUGAGCGAUCCCCGAACUGGGCGACAGAUCACUCUUCUCGAGGGCAUGCGCAGUUUCGUUAUCAAUCCUCACCUCCCGUGCUUUUUUGAUGAGCAGGCAGAGCAGAUGUACACGCUAAGCGAGACCUGUCGCAAUGGCAUCAUCAAUAGGAGGGAGGGUGUCUUUCGGGAGCCGGGUAGCAAUAGUUUCGUUCCUCUUGGCGAAGCCUUAAGCCUGGGUCUAAUUGUGGAUAUUGAGAAUGCCGGCUUUGGUCUAUACGAACUUUUGUCCAUGAGCUUCUAUGACAUUCUUACACGCAAGGUUCUGCAUCCGGUCACAAAUCGCAAGCUUAAUCUAAACGAAGCGUGCGUAGAGGAUGUAGUUAGCUUAUCUUCCAGUUUGGUUAAACACCACGAUACUGGCAAGUACCUGCGGUUGGCCAACGCUAUCAAGGAACAGCUAAUUGAUGAUUCUAGGGGUUGUUAUAAUCUGGGUAGCGAACAGCUGGAUCUGCAGACAGCUAGGGCCAGAGGUUUAAUUGUCUCCAAUCGUCGCCUUCUCAGCCUUGAACUCGUCUUGCGUCAACAGCUUUAUCGGCCCGAAACGGGUAAAUUUUGUGAUCCAACCACUGGAGAAUAUCUUGACCUGGUUGAAGCCAUUCACUCGGGCUUCUUAGAUCCCGCGACGACCGUGUUUAAGAACCAAAUUACCGGUAAAGAGCAUUCACUAACUGAAGCUAUUGAAAAUGGAGAUAUUGAUGUGUGCAAAGGUAGGGUAUUUGAUCCGAAGUCUAAGUCAGCCUACAACUACGACGUGGCACUUUCGCGGGGUAUUCUGGUAACUAUUAUUCGGCCACUGACCGACCGCAACGAUGUAGUGCGUCGCCAAGAUAGUGUUGAAUUAUUGGGACAAACGCCUGUAAGUGUUGUGAUUAGCAAACCGCGUGAAAUGUCCCUUGAGGAGGCUAUUCGUUACAACAUAGUUGAUCCCAAGACUGCGCUCGUUCGUGAUUUCGAUAGCUUUAAGUUCCUUCCUUACUCGGUAGCCGUGGAACGCGGUCUCGUGGACACCACCAAACGCACUCUCGUUGAUCCGAAAUCCCUGUACUUUGCCUUUGAUCCUACUUUAAUCGUUUACGUACACGAACCAGUCACCUUCGAUCAGGCAGCCGAAUCUAAGUGUCUGGACUUGCAGACCGGUAUGCUGACAUAUGUGUCAGCAAGUGGAACUGGAUCCGCAUCAGCCAGCGACGACAGCGCAACCGAUUCGCUGACUGUCACCGAAACGGCCAAGGUAUACACGCUCAAGGAGGCCGCCAGUGCGGGCAUUGUUGAUCCCGACUCUGCGCUGGUCAAGGAUCUGGCCAAGGCCAAGCUUGUCCGUUUGCCGGAGGCGUUCCGCAAGGGAUUAAUGGAUGCCAACAAAGCGAAUGUGCUGAACACCCAGACCUCCAAGCUCUGCACCCUGCAGGAGGCAUAUGAGAGUGGCCUGAUUUGCACUCCCAAGCGCUCAUUUGGCUUGCUAGAAGCCAUCACCUUUAACCUGUACAACCCGACCAAUGGAUGCCUAGUUGACCCUUUCCAAAUGCACCCCGACAUCAUUCGGCGUCGAAAGUUUACGCUGGCCGAAGCCAUUGGCUCAGGUCUGGUGGAUCCGUCGUCGACGGUAGUGCGUGACCCUGGCAGUGGGGUCAUUGUCCCACUGGCGGCAGCCAUCAGCAGCGGGCUGAUCGAUGCCACUGAAGGUCGCCUGAUCGACGCCAAUGAGCCCAAGAAUAACAUUGACCUAGUGAAGGCUGCCGAUAAGGGUCUGCUCCUGCCGGCAGAACAGAGGCAAGCAGUAUUCGAGAAGUUCAACAUGUGCGAAGAAAACGUUAAUGAUCUGUUGAGAUGGGUCACCACUGUUGAACAGAAAAUAUCGAGUGUCGGUGGACCUCGCGAAAAGAUCGAUGAGUUGCGCAACCAGAUUAAUGCCCUUAAGCAAAUCAAGGAUGAGAUCGAGUCUCAACAGAGACCAGUUGCCACUUGCUUGGAGCAAAUCCGUCAAAUCGUUCUUACUGGUGGCGAUGUUUUGUCUGCCCCUGAAGUGACCACCCUAGAGAACUCUGGCAGGGAACUGCGUUCCCGUGUAGAUCGUGUCAACGAUCGCACUGUGCGUCUGCUCCGACGCCUGGAAGCUGGGCGAGAUGAGCUCACUAAAUUGAGUAGCGAGUUGGAUGUCUUUUCAGAUUGGUUACAGGUUGCCCGUCGUACUCUGGAGGACAAGGAGCGUUCCCUGUCCGACCUGACUCGUCUGUCCUCGCAGGCGGAUUCUGUUCGGGAGUUUGUGAGCGAUGUGAUCGGCCACCAGGCCGAUCUGCGCUUUAUUACAAUGGCCGCCCAGAAGUUUGUGGACGAAAGCAAGGAAUUUUUGGCCAUUCUCAAUGACUUCCGUACCUCACUGCCUGAACGCUUGCCUCAUGUAGAGCCGCUGUCCAGUGCCGAGAGUCCCAUCCGCCAAGAGGUUUCCCUGGUCUCAGCGCAAUACAAGGACCUGCUAAACCGUGUCAACGCUCUUCAAGAUCGCGUCUCCGGUUUGGGUGGACGCCAGCGUGAGUACCAGGAUGCUCUGGACAAGGCCAACGAGUGGCUGAGAAGUGUUCAUCCGCGCGUUACCCGCAUAAUCUCCGAACCGAUUGCCGGCGAACCGAAGGGAGUUCAGGAUCAGAUGAACGAGGCCAAGGCAUUGCACAACGAGCUGCUCUCCAGUGGGCGUUUGGUGGACAAUGCCCAGCAGGCCCUCGACAAUCUGCUCCGCAGUCUUGGUGGCCAACUUAGUCCCAUGGAGAUCAAUCAGUUGGAGCUGCCCAUUGCCGAUCUAAAGAAAAACUACCAGCAGCUGCUGGACAAUUUGGGAGAGCACUGCAAAACUCUGGACAAGACUUUGGUGCAAUCGCAGGGCGUGCAGGAUGCCUUGGACAGCCUGGUGGGAUGGGUCAACCAGACUGAGGACAAGUACAAGUUGAACUUGCGCCCCGCCUCGCUGAUAAAAGAGCGUCUGCAGGAGCAAAUUCGCGAACACAAGGCCCUGCUGGCCGACCUCCAAUCCCAUCAGGCUAGCAUCGACAGCGUUCAAAUCUCGGCCAAGCAUCUGCUGGCCAGCGCCUCAAAUGCUCGCAUAGCCAAAAAGGUUGAAUCGAAUCUAAACGAUGUAACCGUCAAAUUCGAAAAGCUCUACGAAAAGGCCAACAAGCGUGGGGAGUUCCUAGAUGAUGUGUACAACCGGCUGAGCAGGUAUCUGGAUGAAAUCAGCACUGUGGAACAACGAAUGGCUAGUCUGCAAGAAGCUCUCGAUAGUCGCGAGACAAGCUUGCUGUCCACUGAGGAGCUAGCUCGGCGCAUGAACGAACUAUCACGCGACAAAGAUCAACUGGCCCCUCAAUUCGAGGACUGUGUUCGCAAUGGCAAGGAUUUGAUUAGCCUGCGCGAUGUCACCGAUACCGGAGUUUUGCGUGAUCGAGUGAAGGCUUUGGAAUCUCAGUGGCGAAAUAUUAACAUAAGCAUUGAUGAACGCGCCAAGCUUUCCAAGCAGAAGGCCGAGCAGCAGCUGGCCUACGAGAGUCUGAAGGACCAGGUUCUCUCCUGGCUGGCAAGCACGGAGGCACGUGUGAACGGCCUUCCCCCGGUAGCCAUCGAUCUGGACCGAAUUAAACAACAGCACGACGAGCUGAAGCCCAUCUGCAAGGAUUACCGCGAUUAUGCCCCCACUAUCGACAAGAUUAACGAGAUAGGAGCACAAUAUGAUGCGCUAAUUCGUCCGGAGAGUCCUGCCCGCAAACGCUCCACGUACAGCCCGAUUAAGAGGGCCAGUCCGCUACGCCGCAUGUCGGGAGACGCCAGAAGCCCCAGCCCCAACAAGGGAGGCAUCCUGUCGCCACUAUCGACUGGUUCCAGUGGAUUCGGUAGCCGCAGAUCCUCCCAGGAUGGUUUCCAGCUGUCUGAGCUGUCUCCGGUGCAACAGCAACUGAGCGAGAUCAACAAUCGCUAUGGACUGAUUGGUGUGCGCCUAAACGAUCGCCAACAUGAACUGGAUAACCUGAACGAUGAGGUGCGCAAGCAGUACGAGAACCUCAAGGGACUCGCUCAGUUCUUGGAGCGCGUCCAGCGCCAGCUACCCAAAGAGUCUGUUUCCAACAAAGAUGAAGCCGAGCGCUGUAUCAAGCAGGCGCGCAAGAUCCUGGAAGACAUGUACGAGAAACAGAGCCUGCUGGACACCACUAAGGCGCAAGUAAAAGACAUCCUACGACGCAAGUCGGAUGUGCACGGCGCCGAGCAAUUGCGCCAGGAGAAUGAUAGCAUUCAGGAGAAGUGGAAGAAUCUCAAUGACAUCUGCAAGAACCGCAUUGCCUUCUCCGAGAAGCUGCGUGACUUCCUGGAAACCCAUGGAAAUUUGAAGAGCUGGUUGGACAGCAAGGAGCGUAUGCUAACCGUGCUGGGACCCAUUUCUUCUGAUCCCCGUAUGGUGCAAAGCCAGGUGCAGCAGGUGCAAGUGCUGCGCGAGGAGUUCCGCACUCAGCAACCUCAACUGAAGCACUUCCAGGAGCUGGGUCACGAUGUGGUAGACCAUCUGGCCGGCACACCUGAUGCCCAGGCCGUUGAACUCAAACUGAAGGACAUCCUGGGCAAGUGGGAGGAUCUUGUUGGAAAGCUAGACGACCGCGCAAACAGUUUGGGUGGAGCCGCUGACAGUUCCAAAGAGUUUGAUGCCGCUGUCAAUCGUCUGCGUGAGGCUCUGCAGAACAUCAGCGAUAAUCUAGACGCUCUGCCCACGGAUGGCGAUCACCAAGAAAAUUUACGCAAGAUCGAAAACUUAGAGCGCCAGCUCGAGGGUCAACGACCGCUGCUGGCAGAUGUGGAGCAAUCCGCCGCCACUCUGUGCAAUAUUCUGGGUGAUCCCGCCUCGCGUGCCGACGUCAAUUCCAGGGUUGCCGCCCUGGAAAAGCAGUAUUUGGCGCUGCAAAAGAAAUUGGACACCAAAAAGGCCGAAACAGAGGCUUCGCUACGUGAUGGUCGCCACUUCGCCGAGAACUGUUCCAAGACUCUUGGUUGGUUGGGAGGAGAGCUUUCCAACCUGACCGACAGGUUACUAGUGUCUGCCCACAAACCCACACUGCAGCAUCAGAUCGACACCCAUGAACCGAUUUACCGCGAGGUAAUGGCGCGCGAGCACGAGGUAAUAAUGCUGAUCAACAAGGGCAAGGAUCUGUCCGACCGCCAGCAGGAUCGUGGCGUGAAACGCGAUCUCGACCGCAUCCAGCAGCAAUGGGAGAAACUUCGCCGUGAGGCCGUCGAUCGGCACACGCGAUUGCAGACAUGCAUGGAGCAUUGCAAGAAGUACUCACAGACUUCUGAGAUGUUUUUGGCCUGGCUGCGUACGGCGGAGGAUAAGUUGACCGAUCUAACACCCGGCGUGCUUUCCAAGGCGAAAUUGGAGACGCGUCUACGAGAUUUGCAAACCUUCCGCAGCGAGGUUUGGAAGCAUUCCGGUGAGUUUGAAAACACCAAAGGAUUGGGCGAGACCUUCCUCACGAGCUGCGACAUCGACAAGGAACCGAUUAAGGCAGAGCUCCAGGACAUUCGUGAUCGCUGGGAGAGGCUGAACAAUGAUUUGAUUGCCCGUGCGCAUGAGAUUGAGAACUGCUCGCGCCGUUUGGGAGACUUUAAUGAUGAGUUGCGAAACCUGGAUCAUUCGCUGGGUCGCUGCGAAGAUCGCCUUGCUGCCCAUGAUGCCCUGGGUGGUGCCGCUAAAGAUCCCAAGCUCCUGGAACGUGUAAAGGCAAUCCGCGAGGAGCUUACCAAUUUAAGCAAGCCGCUGCAGUCGCUUAAGGCUUUGGCCAAGGAUAUCAGUGCUGAGGCUAGGGCUGCUGGUGGAGAUGCUGAUCAUUUAACCAAUGAAGUCGACGGUCUGGCCGAUCGCAUAUCCGAACUUCAAGGACGUCUGGAUGAUCGCUGUGGCGAACUGCAAUCUGCAGCUACGGCUGUGUCCCAGUUCAACGAACAAAUGAAGAGUUUGGGCAUCGAUCUAAACGACCUGGAGACGGAGAUUGAAAAACUUUCCCCUCCGGCCCGUGAAAUUAAGAUUGUGAACGGGCAAAUCGACGAUGUUGGCAAGAUUCAGAACAAGUUGGGUCACCUGCUGAGUCGUUUGGAGGACGCCGAACGCGCCGCUGACGUUUUGGUGGAUGCCGGAUUCGCUGCGGACACGACUCAAACUCGUGAGCAAAUUUCCACUCUGCGAAAGACUUUGGGUCGCUUGGAUAACCGAGUGCGCGAUCAUGAGGACAAUCUUCAAGCCACUUUGAAGGCCCUGCGCGAAUUCUACGACAACCAAUCUCAAACUCUGGAUGACAUAAAGGACGUAAGCGAUGAGUUCAAGCGUAUGAAGCCAGUGGGUUCAGAGUUGGAUCAGAUUCGUCGCCAGCAAGAGGACUUCCGAAACUUUAGAGAGCGCAAGGUGGAACCUCUGGCUAUCAAUGUUGACAAGGUCAAUGUGGCUGGAAGAGAUCUGGUGCGCUCGGCUGCCAGCGGUGUGUCCACCUCUGCAGUUGAAAAAGAUCUGGAGAAGCUUAAUGACCGGUGGAAUGACUUGAAGGAACGCAUGAACGAGCGCGAUCGUCGUUUGGAUGUGGCUUUGCUCCAAUCAGGCAAAUUCCAAGAAGCUUUGGCUGGUUUAUCCAAGUGGCUUAGCGACACCGAAGAGAUGGUAGCCAACCAGAAACCGCCAAGCUCCGAUUACAAGGUGGUCAAGGCCCAGUUACAGGAACAAAAGUUCCUCAAGAAAAUGCUUUUGGAUCGCCAGAAUUCGAUGGGUUCGCUGGCCAAUCUGGGCAAGGAGGUUGCCAAUCACUGUGAGCCCGCCGAGCGUUCCUCCAUUGAAAAGCAGCUAAACAAUUUGAUGAAGAGAUUUGAUGCCCUGACCGAUGGAGCAGAGCAACGUGAGUUGGAUCUGGAGGAAGCCAUGGAAGUGGCUAAGCGAUUCCACGAUAAGAUCAGUCCUCUGGAACUCUGGCUGGACAACACGGAGCGUUCGGUAAAGGCCUUGGAGCUGAUACCAACCGAUGAGGAGAAGAUCCAGCAGCGUAUUCGCGAACACGAUCGACUGCACGACGAGAUUCUGGGCAAGAAGCCCGACUUUACGGAUCUCGCAGAUGUGGCCGCCCAGCUGAUGCACUUGGUUAGCGACGAGGAGGCCGUGAAUCUGGGUGAGAAGGUGCGCGGUGUCACUGAGAGGUAUACUGGGUUGGUAGACGCCAGCGACAACAUAGGAGCUUUGCUUGCCGAAUCCCGUCAGGGAUUGCGUCACUUGGUCUUGAGUUACCAGGAUCUGGUAGCUUGGAUGGAGAGCAUGGAGGCAGAGCUGAAGCGCUUUAAGUCCGUACCUGUGUACGCCGAAAAGCUGCUGGAGCAGAUGGAUCAUCUUCUGGAGUUGAACGAAAAUAUUGCCGGUCACGCUUCGAACGUGGAAUCCACUGUGGAAUCUGGAGCCGAGCUUAUGAAGCACAUUUCCAACGAUGAGGCCAUUCAACUGAAGGAUAAGUUGGACUCGCUGCAGCGCCGUUACGGGGACUUGACCAACCGCGGUGGAGAUCUCCUGAAGAGUGCACAAAAUGCCCUCCCCUUGGUGCAACAGUUCCAUGAGGCACACAACCGUUUGGUGGAAUGGAUGCAAAGUGCUGAAGCUGCUCUGGCACCCAGUGAGCCCCGUCAGGCGGAUGUGCUCCGGCUAGAGGGUGAAUUAGCAGAUAUGCGUCCCAUUCUAGACAGCAUCAAUCAAGUUGGACCCCAGUUGUGUCAACUUUCCCCUGGAGAAGGCGCCGCUACAAUUGAGAGCAUUGUGACCCGGGACAACCGUCGUUUUGAUUCCAUUGUCGAGCAAAUUCAACGAAAGGCGGAGCGUCUGCAUCUGAGCAAUCAGCGUGCUAAGGAGGUUACUGGAGACAUCGAUGAGUUGCUAGAAUGGUUCCGCGAAAUGGACACCACACUUCGUGAAGCCGAUCUGCCCGCCAUGGAGCCCAAAUUGGUGCGUGCCCAGUUGCAGGAGCAUCGUUCCAUUAACGACGACAUUUCAAGUCAAAAGGGACGUGUGCGUGAUGUUACGGCGGCCUCCAAGAAGGUGCUACGUGAAUCCCCGCAGAGCGAGAAUACUGCCACCCUGCGUGAGAAGUUAGACGAUCUGAAGGAGAUCGUCGACACCGUGGCUCAAUUGUGCAGCGAGCGUCUGGGCAUCUUGGAACAGGCACUGCCCUUGUCCGAGCAUUUCGCCGACUCUCAUCAGGGACUUACUGCCUGGUUGGACGACAUGGAGCAGCAGAUCUCGCGGUUAAGCAUGCCGGCUUUGCGGCCCGAUCAAAUCACCCUGCAGCAAGAUAAGAACGAGCGUCUGCUGCAAUCUAUUGCUGAGCACAAGCCACUCUUGGACAAGUUGAACAAGACGGGCGAGGCUUUGGGUGCAUUGGUGGCCGAUGAUGAUAGUGCGAAGAUCAACGAGAUUUUGGACACAGACAACGCCCGUUAUGCCGCUCUCCGUUUGGAACUGCGCGAACGCCAGCAGGCGCUGGAAAGUGCACUGCAGGAAUCCAGUCAGUUCUCCGACAAACUGGAGGGCAUGCUACGCGCUCUGGCCAACACGGUGGAUCAGGUAAAUCAACUAGAUCCCCUUUCCGCCCUACCGCAGAAGAUUCGCGAGCAGAUCGAGGAUAACGAUGCUUUGAUGGACGAUCUGGACAAGCGACAGGAUGCCUUCAGUGCUGUACAGCGUGCGGCCAACGAUGUGAUCGCCAAGGCGGGUAACAAGUCCGAUCCAGCUGUGCGUGACAUCAAGGCCAAAUUAGAGAAGCUAAACAACCUGUGGAACGAUGUACAGAAUGCCACCAAGAAGCGUGGCAGCUCGCUGGACGAUAUCCUGAGCGUGGCCGAGCCCUUCUGGAAACAACUUAACAGCGUGAUGAAGACCCUUAAAGAUCUGGAGGAGACCCUUUCCUGCCAGGAACCACCAGCGGCCCAACCGCAGGAUAUCAAGAAGCAACAAGUGGCGUUGCAGGAGAUCCGUCACGAGAUCGAUCAGACCAAACCCGAGGUGGAGCAGGUGCGUCGCCACGGUAGCAACUUGAUGAACAUGUGCGGCGAGCCCGACAAGCCAGAAGUCAAGAAGCAUAUUGAGGAUUUGGACAAUGCCUGGGAUAACAUCACGGCGUUGUAUGCCAAACGUGAGGAGAACCUUAUCGACGCCAUGGAGAAGGCCAUGGAGUUCCACGAAACGCUGCAGAACCUGCUUAAGUUCCUGACCAAGGCCGAGGACAAGUUUGCCCAUCUGGGAGCCGUGGGAUCGGACAUUGAUGCCGUUAAGCGACAGAUUGAACAGCUGAAGUCGUUCAAGGAUGAAGUCGAUCCGCAUAUGGUUGAAGUUGAAGCAUUAAACAGAUGUCUCAAAAGACAAGCUGUGGAACUGACGGAACGCACUUCACCUGAGCAGGCGGCAUCGAUCCGCGAACCCCUUUCGGUGGUCAAUCGACGUUGGGAAGCCCUACUUCGUGGCAUGGUCGAGCGCCAGAAACAACUGGAGCACGCCCUUCUGCACUUAGGGCAAUUCCAGCAUGCGCUGAACGAGCUACUUGUCUGGAUCAACAAAACCGACAGUACUCUAGACCAGCUGAAGCCGAUACCCGGAGACCCGCAACUGCUUGAGGUUGAACUGGCCAAGCUGAAAGUGCUCGCCAACGACAUUCAGGCCCACCAAAACUCAGUGGACACACUGAACGAUGCAGGAAGACAGUUGAUCGAAACCGAGAAGGGCUCUGUGGAAGCCUCCACUACCCAAGAGAAACUCCGCAAACUCAACAACGAAUGGAAGCAGCUGCUGCAAAAGGCAAGCGACCGACAGCAUGAAUUGGAAGAAGCUCUGCGCGAGGCUCACGGCUACAUUGCCGAGGUCCAGGACAUCCUGGGAUGGCUUGGCGAUGUCGACGCUGUAAUUGGAGCCAGCAAGCCGGUGGGCGGACUCCCCGAAACUGCCACCGAGCAGCUCGAACGCUUCAUGGAGGUGUACAACGAGUUGGAUGAGAACAGGCCCAAGGUAGAGACGAUACAGGCCCAGGGCCAGGAGUACAUCAAGCGACAGAACCAUAUGAAAGUCUCGUCCAGCAAUCUGCAACAUACACUUCGUACCCUGAAGCAACGGUGGGAUGCUGUCGUUUCCCGUGCAUCUGACAAGAAGAUUAAACUAGAGAUUGCACUCAAGGAAGCAACCGAGUUCCAUGACACCCUUCAAGCCUUUGUGGAAUGGCUGACCCAGGCCGAGAAGCUUCUUUCCAACGCCGAGCCCGUCUCUCGCGUCCUGGAAACCAUCCAAGCCCAGAUGGAAGAACACAAGGUGCUGCAGAAGGAUGUGAGCACCCAUCGCGAGGCCAUGCUGCUGCUGGACAAGAAGGGAACACACCUCAAGUACUUCAGUCAAAAGCAGGACGUGAUCUUGAUCAAGAAUCUUCUUGUUUCCGUGCAGCAUCGCUGGGAGCGAGUGGUAAGCAAGGCCGCGGAACGUACCCGUGCUCUGGAUCAUGGCUACAAAGAGGCCCGCGAGUUUAACGAUGCCUGGAGUGGCAUUAUGCAAUAUCUGCAAGAGACCGAACAGGUUCUAGAUCAGAUCAUCGAGGAGGCUACGGCUUCCAAAGAGCCGCAGAAGAUCAAGAAGUACAUUGGCAAGCUCAAGGAGACGCACCGCCAACUGGGCGCUAAGCAGUCUGUCUACGACGGCACCAUGCGUACCGGAAAGAAUCUCUUAGAGCGGGCUCCUAAGGGCGAUCGCCCAGUGCUGGAUAAGAUGCUGCUAGAGCUUAAGGAGCAAUGGACCCGAGUUUGGUCCAAGAGCAUCGAUCGCCAGCGCAAGCUGGAGGAGGCUCUGCUCCUUUCCGGGCAGUUUAGCGAUGCUCUGGGUGAGCUGCUCGAAUGGCUGAAGAAGGCCAAGAGUCGCCUAAACGAAAACGGUCCCGUCCACGGAGAUUUGGAGACGGUUCAAGGGCUCUGCGAACAUCACAAGCACAUUGAACAAGAUCUGCAGAAGCGUGCCGCUCAAAUGCAAGGCGUUCUCAAGACGGGACGUGACCUGGAACGAUCUGGCAAUAAUCCCGAAGUUGGUCGGCAGCUCGAUGAGAUGCAGUCCAUUUGGGAAGAGGUCAAGAGCGCUGUCGCCAAACGCGGUGAACGUCUCCAAGUGGCCCUUGUAGAUGCUGAAAAGUUAAAUGCCCGUGUCCAGGCUCUCUUUGAUUGGCUGGAUCAUGCCGAGCACAAGCUUCGGUAUGCCAAAAAUGCGCCGGAUGAUGAGAAGGUUUCGCGCGAAAUGAUGGACAUUCACAUGGACUUUAUGAAGGACCUGCGACUUCGUGAAAGCGAGAAGACCGAGACUUUCGAGUACGCCGAAGACAUAAUUGGCAAGGCCUAUCCUGAUGCUAUACCGAUCAUCAAGAACUGGCUGUCGAUCAUUCAGCAGCGCUGGGAGGAGGUCCGCCAGUGGGCCAUCAACCGUGAGUCGAAGCUGGAUCAGCAUUUACAGUCGCUCAAGGACUUGGACGACACUAUUGAGGAGCUGCUGGCCUGGCUCAGCGGACUUGAGGGCACGCUGUUGAACCUGAAGCACGAACGACUGCCAGAUGAGAUUCCACCUGUGGAGAAGCUGAUCGAGGACCACAAGGAAUUCAUGGAGAACACUGCCCGCCGCCAGAACGAGGUGGACCGCGCCUGCAAGCCAAGACAGCUGCCUCCGGGAGCCCGAAAGCCAUCCCGCAGCGGCAAGACGCCAGUUCGUGGCUCCAGUCACGAUCUGCGUGAACAAUCGCCCGAUGGCACCCUGAGGCGUCAAAGCUUCAAGGGAUCUCGUGACCAGGGACUCAACGCUCGCAAGGGAAGCAGUCGUAUCACGCCCACACGUGACACGCCCGACAGGGAUCGCCUGCCACACUACGGCCCCCGAUUCUCGCCAAGCAGCUCUGGACCGGAACUGGAAUUCCGUUCGCCCCGCGCUAAGCUUCUAUGGACCAAGUGGCGCGAUGUUUGGAUGCUCUCAUGGGAGCGCCAGCGUCUGCUUAACGAUCAUCUUCUGUACUUGAAGGAUGUGGAGCGUGCCCGAAACUUCAGCUGGGACGAUUGGCGCAAGCGCUUCCUCAAGUACAUGAACCACAAGAAGUCGCGCUUGACGGAUCUGUUCCGCAAAAUGGACAAGGACAACAAUGGCAUGAUUCCACGCGAUGUUUUUAUCGAUGGCAUCAUAAACACGAAAUUCGACACCUCAGGCUUGGAAAUGAAGGCUGUUGCUGAUCUUUUUGAUCGAAAUGGCGAAGGUCUCAUUGACUGGCAGGAAUUCAUUGCUGCACUACGCCCCGAUUGGCAAGAACGCAAGCCAGCCAAUGAUUCGGACAAAAUACACGACGAAGUCAAACGUCUGGUCAUGCUGUGUACCUGCCGGCAGAAGUUCCGUGUGUUCCAAGUUGGCGAGGGCAAGUACAGAUUUGGAGACUCCCAGAAGCUACGCUUAGUUCGCAUCCUUCGCAGCACUGUAAUGGUGCGCGUGGGCGGUGGCUGGGUAGCCCUAGACGAAUUCCUGCAGAAGAACGACCCUUGUCGCGCCAAGGGACGCACUAACAUAGAGCUGCGUGAGCAAUUCAUAUUGGCCGAUGGCGUCUCGCAGAGCAUGGCCGCAUUUACACCCAGACGUUCCACGCCCAAUGCGGCCGCCACUGCCUCCUCCUCACCCAAUGCCCAAAAUGGCGGCAGCUCCAACUUGCCGCCCUAUAUGAGUGGACAAGGUCCCAUCAUCAAGGUACGAGAGCGAUCGGUUCGCUCCAUACCCAUGUCGCGACCAUCGCGCUCCUCACUCUCGGCCAGUACUCCCGACUCCCUGAGCGACAACGAGGGCAGCCACGGAGGUCCUUCAGGACGGUACACGCCCCGCAAGGUCACGUACACGAGCACACGCACGGGUCUCACGCCAGGAGGCUCUCGUGCCGGUUCCAAGCCCAACUCGCGCCCGCUCAGCAGACAGGGAUCGAAGCCACCGUCGAGACAUGGUUCCACGCUGUCGCUGGAUAGCACGGAUGAUCAUACGCCCUCACGCAUUCCGCAACGCAAACCUUCGACAGCCAGUACCGCCAGCGGCACCACACCGCGUCCGGCGCGACUUUCUGUGACCACCACUGCAACUCCGGGAAGCCGUCUCAAUGGCACCAGCACCAUCACCCGCAAGACCGCCUCUGGAUCAGCCAGUCCGGCGCCAACAAGCAACGGAGGCAUGAGUAGAUCAUCCAGUAUACCAGCACUAACCGGCUUCGGUUUCAAACCAAUUAGCCGGCCAUCGCGGAUACCGAUUAAGAUACCCUCAUUUGAUUCCAAGUCAACAUCGCCCAGCUCGACUACGAAUCCAACCAGCUUUGGGCGGAACAUCAGCGGUAGCUCAACACCCUCCGGGAUGCAGACGCCGCGAAAAAGUUCUGCGGAGCCCACUUUCAGCUCAACGAUGCGACGCACUUCGCGCGGUACGACGCCAACGGAGAAGCGAGAACCGUUCCGUCUUUAGGAACUCAACCUUAUUAACGAGAAUGACAAUAGACAAGCAAAUGAAUGCCAAGAUUUAAACCACAUACACACAACUUUACGUACUAACUACGCACUGAAGUUAUAAAUUAAACCCAAACCUUCUCCAAAAUGAAGAGACUACAUAAGCAAUGUAUGUAGUAGGGACAUAUACUAACUUUCAAGUGCCCUAACGGAGUGGAAAAGCGAACACUUUAUAUAUGUUUAUGCUACAAAUAUUUUGUAAAAGACACACAGAUGAGAAGUAAUGCAGACACAUAGCUAACACACAAAGUGGAUCAGACAAGCAACCUACUUACGAGUACUACUAACACUAAUACUACCUUUUGCUACUACUAAAAUAUAAUGUCCACUACCUUUAUUUACUAGUUUUACACGUUCCCAAAAUUAUGAUUUGUAUAUACUUAUAAAACAAGAGUAAAUUAAUGAAAAAUACACUCCAAGUGCUUUAAGGCAAUUAAAAAAAACACAAAAAAUAUCGAAAAUAUAUCUAGAAAAAGAUACAACUUUCGAAUGAAAUGUCGGCGCCACCGCUGCAAACCAUCUUGGGUCUACGGGCUCCAUUGGAAUCGCCAGUCCGGUGGAUACUCAGCCCCAAGAACGGAGCGUGGUGGAGGCGAAACGCCCAAAAAAUAACUAAACCCAUUAAAGAGAUAAAAUUUGAUUUUGUUCUGUUAUUAAACUAAUAGGAAAGUGCAAAUUGUAAGUCGCAUAAAGAAAAUGUUUAAUUAUAUACUAAAAGUCAUUACUAUAAGUUUAAUUAAUAUUUAACUGUUAAGCGACAAAAACACACACAGAUUUUGUAUUGCAUUAUUUUGUUUUUUAUAUGCAAUAUCAGCGAAUGAAAAUCGAUGCAGAAGGGCGAAAUGAAAAUGAGCCCGCUUAUAUAAAUAUUGUAAAAUACUAAUACUAAAUUAUUUUGUUGUACGAAACGAAAGAAAUACAUUAAAACACGAUUUUUGUAAUUCUAUUUAAUUAAAACAAUUUAAAUGCGAAAUAAACAUUUACAAAAAAUAACAUCAUAAA